AUGAACGGAUUCCGAAAAGCUCAAGUGCAACUGAUGUUUGACACAUGGACUGAUACAAAAGUCUUCCAACUGGUCUUCGAAUAUUUGCAAAGGAAUGGCAACAAGUAUGCGACCAAUAUGAAAACGUUGAAGGAAUACUUAUGGAAUUUAUGGUUUGGCACCUACUCACGCUGUAGAGGGCCAAUGGGAAGUUCUGGUUGGGAGCAUGUGUUCGUUGGGGAAUGGAAGGGUAGGAAAGUUGAUGGACAUCACAGCUGGGUCAGAUAUUACUUGCUCCAGAAAAGUGAUCUUAUCGAUUAUCAUGGAUAUUAUGUCUACGUACCGGAUCUCAUUGGCACCGUACAAUACACCUGGGAGAAUCAUGUGAAGCCUAAGGGUGGUUUCCUCAUUGGAACCUCGCCAGCAUUCGACUUCUCUCUGUUUUCUGUAUGUGCGCUUUUACAUAAUGGAGAUCAUGGCUGUAAGUACAGCAUUGAUGGACAUCCUCUCGGCGUCACAUCCUUCAAACAGCCCUGCUCAGCAGGAACCUGCCUUGCAACGGCCUAUCCGGUCAUUUGA